AUGGGCCUUCUGUCCAUUUUCUCCACGCAGCAGGCAAAGAGAAGGAAGAAGAAACCGCUGGGCCCUCGGCUGUCUGAAGACACCGUGGGACGGACAGUGGUGCGCAGCAUGGGGGGCUUUCUCCUGGGGAUGACCAUCGCCGCACUGUACAGCGCAAUGGUCAUUUUUGUCCAGGGCUAUAGCAUCUGGUACUGCAUGGUGUCGACCAUCAGCCUAGCAGCCGGCCUCGGCUUCGGCAUGGCCUUCUCGUACAAAGUGAGGGUGACCGUCUUCCUCGUCCUGCCCCAGAUGUUCUCGAGAGAGAGCAAAACCAUCCUGCUUGUUCUGGCGUUCGGCCUCGCCAUGCAAGGGCCCUUCACCAACAUCAUGCGCAACUUCACGCGGUCCGCAGAGGCCGUGUCGUGCGGGGCCGAGCUCGCUCUCAACCAGACGGCGGAGAUGCUGCAGAGAGCCCGCGAGCCCCUGCUCACUGCGUUACAGAAAAUCAAAGAUAUCGCCAAGAAAGCCAAAGUGGUCGGUGAUCGUGUCCGAAAGCUUUUCCGGUCCGUCAUGGAUUCUGUGCGGCAUGUCGCUCACUGCCUCCGGAACGUGUGGUACUGGCUGGUGAACCUGGGGGAGGUGUGCAACCAGGAAUUGGGCAGCCCCUACCGCAAGUGCACCCGCAUCUUCGACAAUGCCAAGGACGAAUGUGAACGGGCCAUCCCCUUACUUUACCUCCUGUGCUACAUCGUGCUGCUCUUCAAGCCCCUCUGCGGCCUGGCAAAUGUCCUCCUCGUGUUCUGCAUCAUCCCCCAAUAUAUCGUGCCGUUCCUACGCCGCAACGUCGGAGCUCCCAUCUCCAAGAUGCUCAGCCGCAUCCGCCGUGAGUUCGAAUUCAACAUCACCACCAUCCACAAUUACGACGUGACUGUCAACGCCAGCAAGAGCCUCUCCCAGGUGGCCUUCGACAUCAUGGAGGGCAUUUCGCUGCGCCUGCAGCCAGUGCAGGAGGCCAUUGGGCUUUUUGGCUACACGUCCACCUUGGCCAUUCUUUACAUCUAUGUCAAGGCUCUCCUCUACCGGAAGUGCUACUUGCACGAGGACAGCUUCGACAAUAUCUACAUCACUCAACAGUUCCUGGAAAUGGACGCCAUGCGGAGAAAGCACCAGAGACCCACAGUCCUGCCCUUGUCUGCAAAGGAGAGCGGCAAAUACAUCCGCCCAGCCUCGUUGGUCUUACCCCGCCACGAACGGCUACGCUACGCCCUGGCGUUGUACUCCAUCUUCCGCCAUCUCAUCAUUGUGGUCCUCCUGAUCGUCGGCGACUACUCGGUCUUCUGGCUCUUUGACCUGGUGCGGUAUCAGCUGCACGGCGAAAUAGUUGCAAGGGCCCCCGUGACAAUGAGCAUCAGCGUGACCGGGACGGGCUACUCGGGCGAGAUGUACCGGGACAUGGUCUCGGCGUUUGAGGUGUUGCAGCGUGGGAACAUCAGUGUGCUGUCCAAGAAAUGCCGCCUGCACCCCUCCGAGCCCGAUUACGGCGGCUACGUCAUCAUCGGUAUCAUGUACGGAACCUGCCUAUUCAUUGCCGCCUUCGGCAGCUACGUGCAGCGUCUGCGGCGGGUUGUGUGCGCCUGGUACUACCCCUCCCGUGAGCAGGAGAGAGUUUGCUACCUCUACAACACCAUCCUGACGCGAAGGACGACUCUACUGGGUGCGGUGCUGAAGGCCGUGAGGAGGAACUCGGCGGAUGGAGGCCACACCAACCUCUUCCUCAUCUUGGCUGCAAAGGUACCGGUGCUUUCCUGGAUAGUCAAGAGGCUUGGCAUUCACCAGUCUUACUGCAUGGGCUGUGGGAGCGUGCGCAAAGGCACCGCCAGCGAGGAUUUUGUCACUUGCAUCACGCCAGGAUGCCGAGGUCUCUACUGCCCCAAAUGCUACAAGCUGAUGAACAACAUCUGCUCCAUCUGCAUGGGGCCCCUAACUUUCCAGGGAGAGUUGGAUGAGGAGAUCGACUCCAGCGACGAGGAAGCCAUGGCCCUGCAGACGGGGGCCGUCAAGGCACUCCGGGGGGAGCCCGGCGAGGAACGGCAGCAGCAGCGGCGGGAGCUGAAGCGCCGCAUCAAGCGGGCCGUGAACGGGCGGGGCGCCUGCCGCCGCUUGCCCCCCGAGGUGGCCGAGAAAACCCUCGACCGGCUGAAGGAGGAGGGAAGCAGCUCCAGCGAGGACAGCGAAGGAAGCGGCCCGGGCGACGGCAGUGCCCCCAGCUCGGGGUCUCCCUCCAGCCUGGAUUUCACCUAUCAAGAUCAAGCAGAGGCGAGCGGCAGCGAAGGACCCACCCCAGAGUCCGAGGAGUUGGAGGAGGUGAAGUCGGAGGGGCACCCCCUGCUGAAGGAGGCCAAACCCGAGGAAAGCCCCCGACAGGAGGAGGAAAAAUCUGACGGGGGUCCCAAGCUGGAGACGGAAGAAAAUUUGCACGUGUUCCUGCCCGCCCGCAACUGCCGCUACAUGCAUCAGGGAGCUCUGACCGGUGAUGCCUUUGAAGCACACAAACCCACGAAGCUGCCUCCUACUGAGUCAGACUCUUGGUCCUUCAAGACCAGUAUUGUCCAUCAAGGGUGGCAGGGGAUCCGGCCCGGUGCAGUGUGCGAGAGGCCCACCAGGGGGCAGCAGGGGCCCGGCCUGACUCCGCGCCCGCCUCGGCCCGUGCCAAAGAACACGGCGCAGUUGCGACGGGCACGGCCUGUUCCUCCGGUCGGGACGGGGACUGCCCUGGGUGGGGAGAACGCUGCCACCACCCCCCAGGCCCGCAUCAGUCCUGAGCGCGCGCACUCUUCGUAUGUGGUUCCCACCCCACCCCUGUCCCACGUCGAGGACGACUUUGGUUCAGAACCGUCUCUCUACCCCUCUUAG